UCUCUGACUGAGGCGCUGAAUGCCUCAGUGUGAGCACCGAGUUGGGUAGAACAGGAGCUGAAGCCUCAUCUGGACACCGUGCUGGCUGUGCUACUGGAGAAGAGUGAGUCUACACACUAUCUCCAGUAGACACUGACCUCUGAUUCAUCAAUCUCACUCCUGCCUGUUCCCAUCAGUCAGCUUUUAUGGCAUUGCUUGGCCAUGGCAAGCAAGGCCAGAGCUUUUAGAAACUAUAGUGGCAAAGCUUAAAUUCUCUCAACAUUUUAUCAGGUUGUUUAGGAAUCUAUCCUUCCCCCCUUUUUGAUUUUGGAUGCCUGCGUAGUCUUGGCCCAAAUCUUCAGCUAUAAAAAGACUGCUUCAAUGUGAGAGUGUUGCAGGAUUGUUCAGAACACCUCUGCUGUUUCUCCUCUGUAUCCAACCUGGAUCAGGGGUAGACUUAACAUAGUAAACAUAAAUCCAGGACACUCCAUUUAGUAUGAUAUGUUACGUUUCGUAUGUUACGUUUCGUAUGGUAUGUAUUAAUUUGUGGAUGUCCAUCAUCCAUUUCAUAUGAUAUGUUACAAAUUACAAUUCGUAUGAUAUGUUACGAAUUUCAAUUCGUACAAUAUUUACAAAUUGAAAUUUGUACACUAUGUUAAGAAUUUGCUAAAUGUAUGAAAUGUUACAAAUUCCGAUUUUUUGUGGCUAACGUUAGCUAGGUGGCUAGGUGACUAACACUAACCUUAGCUAGGUGGCAAAGUUAGCUAGGGGUUAGGGUUAAGGUUAGUGUUACGGUUAGAUUAAAGGGUUAAGGUUAGGAUUAGAGGAAGGUUAGUUAACAUGCUAAGUAGUUUGCAAAGUAGCUAAAAAGUAGUAAGUAGCUGCAAAGUUGCUAAUUAGCUAAAACGCUAAAGUUGUCCGUGAUUAGUUCGGGGGGGGUCGGAGAGAACGAAUGAACGGAAGGAAGUGAGAUAGUGACGUUCAAGUGAUUCUCCAGCUCUCCCUCGCUCUGCUCUGGCAAAUAUCCAGUUUAUCUGGGGUUGCACUGUGCACGGACAGCUAAAUUUGGUUCCCCUCAAAAACAGGCAAGGGGACGUUACCAAAAGCAGCGCAGUGUAGCCUGACAACCUGACCUGCCUCCUUGGCUGUUGUGACAUUCUUUGAAAGGGGAAAUGCUAAUAUCAGGUCUUCCUCGGUGUCUAUUGCACAUUGCUGCUUUAAUGACAAUGAAUCUGCCUCCCAAGUUCAACACAGAGGAGGAUUCUAUUUUAGUUUCUCUCUCUGGUCUCUCCUGACAUUACAGAGGGUUAGAGUCACGUUAAUCGGAGACAGGAGUAGAGAGAGGAAGGCCAAAGACAACCUCUGCACCUAGUGAUCCUGAUCAAUCUCAUCACAGAGAAGAUUGACAGGAAAUGGAAUUACAUCUACUGCUGGGACACUUGCAUUAGCAAGAGUUUUGUGUCAGAACUCAUUUCUGGUUAACAAUUAGCAGGUUUUGUCUAUAGGUCAAUAAAGAUAUUUAUGUUACUAUGAAGCCAAUGGUCAUUUUCCGUCCUCAGUUAUUUCCAUUCUAUUCUAUAUCCAUGCCCAGGGGUAUUACCAUAUAAGUGUGUGUAUUAUAUGUCCUCAGAGAAGGGUGCCGCAGUGGAGAUUGCCUCCAGUGGUAUCGUUCCCAUCCUGGCCCAGUCCCUCAAGAAGAAGAGUCUCCUCACCAACCAGGUGGCACUGGUGGUGGCAGAGAUGGCCAGGGAAGGUGAGAUUAGAUGCCAGCCUACUACUGUAGACAAAGCGACAGGGGUAUGGGGCAUGAAACCAAUCUGCAACCUGGACUCAAGGGUAGACGUAAAAUAGUAAACGAAAAUCCAGAAAAACGAAUUAGUAUGAUACUGUAUGUUACGUUUGGUAUGGCAUGCAUUAAUUUGUGGAUGUCUAUCAUCCAUUUUGUAUGAUAUGUUACGAAUUACAAUUCGUAUGACUGAUAAGAAUUGCAAUUCGUACAAUAUGUUACUAAUUUGAAAUACGUAUGAUAUGUUACAAAUUCCAAUUUGUUGUGGCUAACAUUAGCUAGGUGGCUAACACUAACGUUAGCUAGGUUGCUAAUGUUAGCUUUGACUAGGGAUUAGGUUAGGGGUUAAGGUUUAGGAUUAGGAGUUAGGUCAAACUGGUUUAACGGUUAGGCUUAGCUAACAUGCUAAGUAGCUAAAAAGUAUUAAGUAAGUGUUGCAAACUUGCUAAUUAGCUAAAAUGCUAAAGUUGUCCGUGAUGAGAUUAGAACACGCAACAUUUUACAUUUACAUUUUAGUCCAUUUAGCAGACACUCUUAUCCAAGCGACUUACAGUUAGAGUGCAUACAUUUUCAUACUGGCCCCACCGUGGGAAUCGAACCCACAACCCUGGCGUUGCAACGCAUGCUCUACCAACUAGAGCUACACGGGACUACCAACCUUUGGGUUGCUAGAUGUUUGUGUUUACACCCAACCCUACUUAGUUUUUGCCUUAAGUAACCUUCUGUUUUAUGUAACCAUACCAAACGUAACAUUUCAGACUCAUCUGAGUGUCACGGAUUUUGAUUUACGUUACGUCUAGUCUGAGACCAGCCUCAUUGACAGCGGCUAGAGUGCUUUUCAUUUACAUCUGUCAAGAUCCAGUCCUCCAUUUACAAACACAACAAUGACAUAGGCUCACUGUGAGUAGAAUCAGAGAUUUAUGAAAUUCUGUCCCUGUUUUAAGCGGCGGUGAGGAACACGUGCAUUGAGCGGGCUGGUGACGGUUCUGGUGCCCCUGCUGAAUAGUGGCAGAUGAGGAGCUUUUGCUCCACACUGGAAGAGCCAUCGGACGCAUCUGCUUCGACAACAGUGAGUGAGACUGACUCCAGCAGGCCGGGGCCUUCCCAGGGGGAAUCAGGCUUUACCUGCAGUGACAGGAUGAAUCUUACCCUAUUAAAUUAAUCUGUAAUCUGUAACGCAAUGCUUGUCCUGGUGGAUUUCGUGGGUGUGUGUGCCUCCACCUCCGUCUAUUUAUCUCAGUCUCAAUCCAUUACACUUUCCCUCCUUCUUUCCCUUCCUCUAUUCUCUCUCCUCUUCCCUCUCUCAGCGGCCCAGCAGGAUCAGCUGGUGCAGAGUGGGGUGAUCCCCAGGCUGGUGGCCAUCAUGAGGGAGUACCCAGAGAACGACCCACUGGUCAACGUGUGUCUGCUGGCUCUCUGUAAUCUGGCCGACAUGGGUGAGGAACACCAGAGGAACUUUAGAGGGUCACAGAGACGAGGAAAGCCUGUUUGUUUUCAGUUACUUUUCUGAACCAAAAUGGCGUGCUUGUCUCAUUUGUUUACUUGGAGACUGCACACUGUAUACUGACUUGAACCAGUUGUUAUUGUGUUUCUCACAUCUUAUUUGUGAAUGAUAAUUGUUUCCUAACUGAAAGACCGGGUUUAGAUAAAGGUGUAGAUAAAAUGUUUGGCCUUUGACCCAUGCAGACACGGCGCGAGAGGCGUGAUAGAGGUGGGUGUGGCGGAGGUGCUGACGGCCCAGCUGAAACGGGCUCCUGACGCCGGAGAAAGACACAUCAUACUGGAGGUGCUGGGAUCAUGGAGAAGAGUGGUGAGUCUGGGCAAUGAUGAUAAUUUAUACUGAGACAGGUGAGAUGAAAUAAACUGAAUGGGGUUUAUGCUUUUCACAUGAAGGGUUGAAUGAAUUGUGUGCUCAGACUAACACACCCCUCCUGCUGUUGUCAGAUGUGCUAAAGCUGCAGUUUGUGGAGUCGGGGGUGCCUGAGGCUCUGUCUGAGAUGAUUCGAGGGCUACAAGGUGGCUCUGACCCCCAUGAUCUCUGCAGCAUCAAGAUUGCCUCCAACCUCAUCGUGUCUCUCCUGCUGGGAGGUAAGGAACUCAACUGACCUGGAGGCACCAUAAUCCCUUUACUGUCCUCCCCUUAAACCCCUGCGUCCAUGCCUCACUCACACACCAUUUCACUGUCUAUUUUUUUAAAAACCUUUAUUUAACUAGGCAAGUCAGUUAAGAACAAAUUCUUAUUUACAAUGACGGCCUACACCGUCCAAACGACGCGGGGCCAUGGGGCGCCACCCUAUGAGACUCCCAAUCACAGCCGGUUGUACACAGCCGGGAAUCGAACCAGGGGGUCUGUAGUGACGCCUCAACACUGAGAUGCAGUGCCUUAGACCGCUGCGCGACUCGGGAGCCCAUCAGGUCACAUCACUAAAUUUGAUUGAUGUUUGUUUCCCGAAUGUAAUCGAGCAAAGAUACUCUGACUGUGAAUCACUUAUAUAUACACUACCAGUCAAAAGUUUGGACACACCUACUCAUUCAAGGGUUUUUCUUUAUUUUAAAUGUUUUUUUACUUGUAGGAUAAUAGUGAAGACAUCAAAACUACGAAACACCACAUAUGGAAUAAUGUGUUACGAAAAAAGUGUUCAACAAAUCAAAAUAUAUUUUAUAUUUGAGAUUUUUCAAAUAGCCCCCCCUUGCCUUGAUUACAGCUUUGCACGCUCUUGGCAUUCUCUCAACCCGCUUUGGUAGUCACCUGGAAUGCAUUUCAAUUUACAGGUGUGCCUACUUAAAGUUAAUUUGUGGAAUUUCUUUCCUUCUUAAUGCCCUUUGAGCCAUCAGUUGUUUUUUGUGACAAGGUAGGAGGGGUAUACGAAUAUAGCCCUAUUUGGUAAAAAGACCAAGUCCAUAUUAUGGCAAGAAAAGCUCAAAAAAGCAAAGAGAAACGACAGUUCCAUCAUUCUUUAAGACAUGAGGGGCCCGUCAAUAUGGAACCUUUUAAGAACUUUGAAAGUUUCUUCAAGUGGCAGUUGCAAAAAACCCUCAAACGCUAUGAUGAAUGGCUCUCAUGAGGACCACCACAGGAAUGGAAGACCCAAAAUUACCUCUGGCUGCAGAGGAUAAAUUCAUUAGAGUUACCAAGCCUCAGAAAUUGCAGCCCAAAUAAUGCUUACGAGUUCAAGUAACAGACACAUCUCAACAUCAACUGUUCAUAGAGGACUGUGUGAAUCGGCCUUCAUGGUCGAAUUGCUGCAAAGAAACCAAUACUAAAGGACACCAAAAGAAGAAGUGACCUGCUUGGGUCAAGAAACACGAGCAAUGGACAUUGACCGCUGGAAAAUUCGUCCUUUGGUCUGGAGUCCAAAUUUGAGAUUUUUGAUUCCAACCACUGUCUUUGUGAGACGCAGUGUGGGUGAACGGAUGAUCUCUGCAUGUGUAUUUCCCCCCUUUAAAGCAUGGAGGAGGAGGUUUUAUGGUGUGGGGGUGCUUUGUUUGUGACACUGUCUGUGAUUUAUUUAAAAUUCAAGGCACACUUACCCAGGAUGGCCCCACAGCAUUCUACACGAUCGCCAUCCCAUCUGGUUUGGGCUUAGUGGGACUGUCAUUUGUUUUUUCAACAGACAAUGACCCAACACUUUAUGGUUUACUACAUUUUCCAUAUGUAUUGUUUUGAUGUCUUCACUAUAUUCUACAAUGUAAAAAAUAGAAAAAAUAAAGAAAACCCUUGAAUGAGUAGGUGUGUCCAAAUUUUGACUGGUAGUGUAUGUCCUCUCUGUUUUCUAUUUUUUUGAUAAAUGAAAUAUUGAUCACAAAAACAUUAUGAUUGGUUGUUGACUAGUCAUUGCUUGUCCUUGUGUUUUGUGGUUCAUUAGGGUGUCCAUGGCAGAGUUUUUCCAGGCACGGGUGUUCCAGGCUGCUCUCCUGGCUGCGUCCUCUAAAACUAGCUGCAGCUGUUGGAGCCCUGGCAUGCCAAUUUUGCCAGACGGUAAGAUUUGGGAAAUGCCCUUUAGGGUUUACUUACAGUGGGGAAAAAGUAUUUAGUCCACCAAUUGGGGGGUUCUCCCCUUUUAAAAAAUGAGAGGGCUGUAAAUUUUUUUCAUAGGACACAUCAAUUGAAGACAAAAAGAAAAAAAAUCUCCAGAAAAUCACAUUUUAGGAUUUUUAAUGAAAUUUUUUUGCAAAAUGGUGGAAAAUAAAUUUUGGUCAAUAACAAAGAUUCUCAAAUUUUGUUAUAUACCCUUUGUUGCAGACACAGGUCAAACGUUUUCGUAAGUUUUUAAAAGGUUUUUCACACACGUUCUGGAUUUUGGCCCAUUCCUCCAUCAAUCCCUCUAAGCAUGAUUUUUGGGGGGCUGUCACGGGAAACACGGACUUCAACUCCCUCAAAGAUUUUCUAGGGGGGUUGAGAUCUGGAGACGGGCUGGGCCACUCCGGGACCUUAAAAUGCUUCUUCGAACCACCCCUUCUUUCCCCGGGCGGGUUUUUUGGGAUCAUUGUCAUGCUGAAAGACCCAGCCACGUUUAUUUUAAACCCCUUUUGCUGAUGAAGGGGGUUUUUUCACUAAAAAUCUCACAUACAUGCCCCUUUCAUUUUUUCCCUUUUAAACCGGAUCAGUCUCCUCUCCCUUUGAAAAAAGCACCCCAAAGCAUUUUUUUUCCACCCCCAUGCUUAAAAGUAGGUAUGGUGUUUUUUUGGAUGCAACUCACUUCUUUGCCUCCAAACCGCGUUUUGAGUUUUUCCCAAAAACUUUUCUUUUGGUUUCAUCGACCAUAUACAUUCUCCCAAUCCUUUCUGGAUCACCCAAAACACUCUAGAAAAAUUUUCAAGGGCCCGGGAAGUUGGCUUAGCAGGGGACACUCUUGCAGGGGAUUUGAGCCCUGGCGGCGUAGUGUUUCCGGUUUGGCUUUUUAUUUUGGUCCCGUUCCCCUCUUUUCUUAGGUCCCCCCGUGUGGUUCUGGGAUUUUUUACCCCCCUUUUUGUGAACUGUGGACCCCAGAUCGAGGGAGUUAUCAGUGGUCUUUUUGUUUUUCCUUUCCAAUAAUUGCUCCACAGUUGAUUUCUUCAAACCAACUGUUUUACCUAUGCAGAUUCAGUCUCCCCCUGGGGGGGUUAAAAUUUUUUUUUCCCUUUUACACUGUUUGGGGGGGGGUGGAGUUUUGGGGGUGACUGUUUGAGGUUUGGACGGGGUUUUUUUACUUAAAAAAGUUCAAAAAGGGGCCAUUUAAAACAGGAAAGUGGAGGACAGAGGCCCUUAAAAAAGAAGUUAAGGCUGAGAGCCCCUUUUUUUUGGGGGUUUUUUUUUUCCCCCCCUUUCAAAUUUUAAAAAAAAAAUUUUUUUCUUUUUUUUUUUUUUCUCAUUUGUCUGCAAAAAAACGUUCCUAUUUUAAAAAAAAGGCUUCCUUUUUGGGGUGACAAAUUUCUUUCUAAAAAACUUUUUUUUUUUUCCCCUUAUUUCAUUGCCUGCUUGAUUUGCCGAAUCUCCCAAGUCUCUGAUGUUCUAAGCCCCUGUCUAUCUUCAUAUUUGAUUACCUUAUCACCUCUUUCUCUCUCUGUAUCUUUUUCUCUGUCUCUUCUCAUCAAUUACUGUCUCCUCUCUACCCGCUCUCUCUCUCAACCUUCUCAGACAGUAACUGUGUGAAGAUGUUGGAGCUGGGGGUGGUUCCUCAUAUCCUGACCCUGCUGGAGCAGCAUGUGGACGAAGGCGACGUGUCCCGUCCAGCAUGCCGGACUGAGCGCUCUCAGAACCUGGCCAUCCCUGGUACAUAGUAGAAUGGAUAACCACACACACACACCACACACCACACACACACACACACACUAACCCCACCGACCCCCACUGACCCCACCACUGAAUUCAAACUGACACUGUGAAAUGAAUCACUAAUGGGAUUCUCUUAUAAGCUGUUCUCAGGACUCUCAGCUCUGACCUCUCUGACCCCUCUUUCCCCUGGUGUUUCAGCCACAAAUAAGGUGAGGAUGCUGAGGACGGGGUGACAGAGAGAAUCAGACCUUGCUGCGCUCUGACAUUGCCCCAGUGCCAGUUCAAACUGCUGGGCACCCUGCGCAUGAUGGUGGAUGGACAA